AUGACCUCCAACACGCCCUUCUUCUCCAACUUCCUCGCCGCCUUCCGCGCCCAGAGCGCCUCCAUCCAGAAAGCCGCCGCGACCGCCGCCGGCGCAGCGCCAGGAGCAGCAACAGCAUCGGCGGCGGCAGCGGCGGCGGCGGCGUCGCAGCAAGUAAGCACCUCGGCACCGCCGCCGGGAAGAACGACGAUAGCAGCGACGAAGGCGAGGAGUCUGUCGCCGUCUCCGGGACCUACGACGGCGGCCGUGCAGGGUAGUACUACCUCCACUACCGCUGCUAAUACUACCACGGGUCACGCCCAUCAUCGUGGAGCAGGAGGAGGAGGACAUCACCACCAUACGCAUCAUACCCAUCACCACCACCACGCUCGACAGCAUACACAGCACCACUCGUUCCACCCGUCGCGCCAACACACGCCCCCGACGUACACGCGCUCGACGUCCCCGGCGCAUACCACGACUCCGCUCGUCGGCGGCGCCAGCAGCGGCGGGAAUCCAAAGACCCCGGGUUUCCACCAUGCUCAUCCUCAUCCGGCGGCGAUUUCGAUCCCAGGGCGACCGCGCGAUCGGCGCGGGAGCGAUAGUUCGAGCGAUGGCGGCGGUAGCGGUGGUGGUAGCGGUGGCGCCGGGAGGUUCAGAGAGGUGCUGGGCGGGGAGAAGUGGUACAUUGGCGGGCGGACGGCGGGUGGGGAGGAACGGUUUUACAAGUUGGGGUUGGUGAGGAGGGAGAGGAGUGUGGACCGGUUGAGUUUGGAUCGGUUGAGCGUUUAG